AUGUUUUGUUCAAAACAACCUGUAGCUUACGCUUCCGUAGAGCUUGUCAACGGUGAGCUGACCCAGCUGGAACAGUUGAAAGUCAUAAUUAAUCCGCACCACUUGAAGAAGAAGCGGAAGAUCUUGCCGGAGGACUUGAGGGGUGGUGGUCGUGGUCGUGAUGGCCGGGACCUGUGGCAGACGAGCUCCGGUCAACAGGAUCAUGAGGAUCAGAUAGUAUUCCCGGCAGAUGACGAGCGCUAA